CCGUCCUGAAGCGGAGCUGAACCAGGAGGAAGUCUGCGCCAUGGACGGCGGUCUGACCAUCACCCUCAUCUCCGUGGCCAUGUUCGUGGGCUCCUUCCUGCUCGGAUUCUUCCCGCUUCUGUUCAGGCUCUCUGAGAAAAGUCUGCAGUUUGUCUCCAUACUGGGGGCCGGUCUGCUGUGCGGGACGGCUCUGGCCAUCACCAUCCCUGAAGGUGUGGCUCUGCUGGAGGACUCAUGGAAAGCAUCUUCCUCUGAUCUGCCAUCUGCUCUCAAUGCCAGUAAAUCAGACGGCGCCGCCACAGAAGAAAGCCCGGCGCCUCGCUUCUACAUCGGGGUAGCUUUAACGCUUGGGUUCACCUUCAUGUUUGUUGUGGAUCAAAUCGGAGGUUACUUCUCUACGCGGGAUCAAACGAGGCCGGGGCGGCAUGGCUCCCACAUCACAGCCACUCUAGGCCUGGUCAUCCAUGCAGCAGCCGAUGGGUUUGCUCUGGGGGCUGCUGUGGCCACAGGCCAAGUUACAGUGCAGGUUAUAGUGUUUUUCGCCGUGAUUCUUCACAAGGCUCCUGCAGCUUUCGGUCUGGUCUCCUUUCUGAUGCACGCAGGCCUUGACAAGAAGUUCAUUCAGGGACAUCUGCUGGCCUUCUCCGCUGCAGCUCCACUUGUCGCUAUCAGUACAUAUUUCAUCUUACAAGCAUCUGGAAACUCGGCGCAGAAGCAGCUCAGCGCCACGGGCAUAGGAAUGCUCUUCUCAGCCGGGACAUUCCUCUAUGUCGCCACCGUGCACGUUCUCCCAGAGAUCAGCCGGACAGAGCAGCCCUCCGGAGCUGAGAGCCACCACCAGCGACACCUGGGACUCAUGGAGAGCGUCACUCUCAUCCUGGGGGUGGGACUGCCAGUGCUGCUGGCUCUUGGGCUCCAUGAUGACUAGAAUGAAUCUUCAGGAUGCUAAACUUUAGGACAAUUAAAGCAGAAAGCGAGGGUGUUCCCCCAUUACCUGCUUUUACUUGUAGCUGAGCGGCCCUUCACUCUCCCCUUUGCCUCUGCCGCCCUGGUCAGUGUUGCACCUUACAAAUUCAUGUAAAAAAACACUAUUUUUCAAAAAUGGCGGCUUUUCUGGUGGUUUAUCGCCAUAGCAACCAUUUUAUUUUUUGAUCGCCUAGUUGUGACAAAUAUCUCUAUGUAUUUUUAAGAGGAAUCGGCAAAAGUAAACUUUUGAAUUUCCUUGGCAACGGAUGUUAUUUGUUAACCACGCCCACAUGUUAAUAUUGUAUGUUAUAUUGUUUUGUUCAGCGUGAGCCAGCAAUUCAAUUAUUAAAAUUUUCACAAUGUUCUGGUAAAUAUAUAAUGUGUAAACAACGGAAACGCCACUUUUGCGAGUUUGCCACUCUAGAGGAGGUUUUUUUCAAGAUGGCAGCCUCUUCUCAAGGUCAAAGGUUAACGAAACUUCAGUUGUUGUUGUUGUAAACUUAAUAUGCUGCUGUUUGCUCAAAGACACAGUAAGAACGAAGAAUUGCAAGAACAAUCUGCUGCUUUCAGUCCAGGACGGCUGCGGGACAGAAUGAUACUGAACAUGUGCCAAAAAUGUAACUGUAAACUCUAGAAGAAACAUGUUUUUGCUCUGACUUCAGGGAAACUUUUUUUUUAGUUCACUUUUUGUUCCUGUAUCUGAAAAUCUUUCCAGCUUUUGUGAUGAUUUCCAAAAAAAUGGGCAGAUCAUUUGACACUUUUGUAUAGACUCUUAAAGAUUAAGGUCACAAGUUUUAAUCUGUUUUUAUUUUCAGAAUAAAUGUGUGAUACAAUA